AUGGGAACAAGGAUGACAGUCCUGCGGCGAUUGCCCGUCGCACUGUCCUCGGCAUUGCUCGAGUGGAUCUUGAUGCUUCUGCUAUUCAUCGACGCAGUUUACUCCUUCCUCAUCACCAGAUUUGCCCGUCUCUGCAAACUACCGGUACCUUGUCCGUUCUGCUCGAGGCUAGAUCAUGUCCUCGGUAACGAGGAACCGUGCUUCUACAGGGAAUUGAUCUGCAAAACUCACAAGUCAGAGCUCUCAUCUUUGGCCUUCUGCCGCCUCCACCAGAAACUUGUGGGCGCGGAAAGUAUGUGUGAUGGAUGCAGCAGUAGCUCACUUGCUCCAAAAGUGACACCAAACAACAAUGACAACACAGAUGAGCCCACCGUGGAUGUCAAUGUACUCAACGGUACUCAGGGGGGUGAUGGUGUGUUACAUUCUCCUCUUACUAGAAUUUGUUCAUGUUGUGCACAACAUUUUGAACAACGGAGUGUAUCGCUGUUUUCUCAGAAGAGUGGAGAGCUCCAAUAUGCCAAGUCACCAAAGAUUUGCACGGAUUAUCCUGUAUCAUGGCAACUGGACGAAUCAAUUGAAACCAAAGACAUUUACCACCAGAGUGAUCAUACAUAUCAUGAGAGAUACAGUGCUCUACAGAUGACAUCUGACUCCGAGGUUGAGGUUCCUUGUGCUGAUGAUGGCAGAGAUUCUCACCCUCAUGAAGCCUAUGAUAUGGAAAAUAGAGACUUUCAAGAAGAUGCAGUUUUUGAGAUACCAGGUGUUCCAUCCCCUGCGGUGGCCAAGCCAUCUGAAAUGAAUGUUCAGGAAGAACAAAAAGUGACUGACUCCGGUGAUGCAUGUUCGGCAGAUCAUGUUCGGAAUUAUGACCCUGACAGUGUGAUUAGUGGGAGCCAAAUGGAAGCAGAGGACAUCUCGUCCAGAAGACGAGCAUCACAGCAUGGCCCUCUAAUUGCCAUUGAAGAGUUAUCUUUAGAAGAUGCCACUGUUCCCCAAAUUCCAGUUGCAUCAGUUGAUGAGUUACCUAAGAUUAUUUGUGAAACUGAAUCAUGUCAGAGGACGAAUGACAGCAGCAUCGAUCCAUAUACAUCUCAAUUCACAAUACUCGAACAACACUAUGCUGUUGCAGCGGAUAAAAAUAUAAAAGAAGAAGCUCAGGGGACAGAAAUCACUGCGAUAUCAAGUGACGUAUUUCACCAGAGAAGCACAUUGGCUAAUAAUCCAGUUACAAGUGAACCAGUACCCAAGGACUAUCAUUAUGUUGCUUCAGAAGAUACAUAUCCGAAAGAUAAUUUCAGGGAUGUCCCCGUUUCACAGGUUAGUGCCGAUUCAGAAACUCUUGCUGAAGUUGAAGAUAAUCCUAAAAAAGCUGAAUGGACUGGUGAUACCGGAAUAGAUGGACUGACAUCACAUGAUCCUUCCAGUUCAACUUCCAAAGAUUUGUUAGCAAAAGAUGCUAAAGAGACUCAUAUUCCACCAGUUGCUGUCAGAUCAAAUGGUGAGGUAUCUCAGGGUCUUGAUGCCAUUGAGGAACAUCCCCAGACAAUUGAAACGGUUGGUGAAAGGAGACCAUCUCUUAGCACUCAGAUUAGCAUGAACGAGGCCUACAAUCUCGCCAUUGGCAUGAGGAGUGGUUUCCCAUCCCCAACCUUGACCGAUGUGAUUCUUGGAAAGGGCUCUUCAGCUAGUGUAAAUGGAGAACUGAGGCUACUGCUAUCACAGCUUUCAGCUUCCAGGGGGCUCGAGGCAACUUGGCUUGACCCAGGCCCUAGCCCACGAGCGUAUGGGCGUGGUGAUGAUUUGAUACUGCAGAACAUAACAAGAAGGAUCUCGCUCGAGAGAAAUGUUUCUGGUCUGGAAUCGCUGGACGGAAGCAUUGUUAGCGAGAUGGAAGGUGAGAGCACCAUCGACCGGCUGAGACGACAGAUUGAUCUAGACCGGAAGUCGAUACACCUCCUCUGCAGGGAGCUGGAAGAAGAGAGGAACGCCGCGGCGAUCGCUGCAAACCAAGCACUGGCCAUGAUCACCAGGCUGCAGGAUGAGAAGGCUGCAAUGCAGAUGGAAGCCUCUCAUUACCAGAGGAUGAUGGAGGAGCAAGCAGAGUACGAUGGCGAAGCGCUUGCUGAAGCUAACGAGCUGCUUGCUCAGAGAGAACAUCAAAUACAGGAAUUGGAAGCCGAGCUUCAAAAGUGCAGGACACAACCUGGAGGUGGAGGGCCAAUAAAGGAACAAGAUGAUCAGCUCCCCUUUGAAGAACAAAAUAGCACUGCAGCUUUGCUUGAAGAUGAGAGGGCAUACAUAUCAGAAAGUUUGAGGAAGCUGGAGAAGAAGCUUCACUUGUACUCCAACAACGAUACUUCUACAGAUUUAUCAAAUUCAGAUGCUACAGAGGAGACACAAGAGUCCAUUCUCUUGGCUAAGGAAGGUCAAUCUUCUAGAAUGGAUGGGGAAGCUGACCUAUCCACAUUCCAAGAGGAAAUCUCGAGCUUGAAUAAAAGAUUGAAGACUCUAGAAGGAGACCGGGAUUUCCUCGAGCACAGCAUAAACUCCCUUAAGAAUGGAAAAGAAGGCGCGCAAUUCAUAAGGGAAAUUGCCUGCAACCUCAGAGAACUCCGAGCUAUUGCCAUUGAGAGCAAAUAG